AUGGACGCCAUUGAAGGUCAUUCACUGCAAGCGGUUCGUCAAAUAAUAGAUACCAAAGAUUCUACUUUGUCACCACGAAAACGUACUCAGAAGAACAUAGGCAAUGAAAUAAUAAACAAACGUGCUGAAGUUCAGGAAAUUGUAGAUCCAAUACUGAAAACUUCUUCAAUGGUAACAGUAAUGGAAGAGAGUGGUAGUCAAACAAUAAGGGAUGUAGAUCCAGUACCGUUAAAUUCUUCAACAGUAUUAAUGGAAGAGAGUGUUAAUCAACCAAUUAAGGAUAUGGAUCCAGUACCGACUAAUUCUUCAGUAUUAAUGGAGGAGUGUUCUAGUAUAGCAAUACAGGUGGAAGAAUUGAUCGGUCGAUCAAAAGAUGGUAAAUGGUAA